AUGGAUUCCAAGGCGUUGCUUCUACUUCUUCUUUUUGUUUCUGUAUCUGUUGGUUCCUGCGCCGCCGCGAGUGAGAUUUCAGGAUCCGCCGAGGAGGAGAAGACGUACUCGUUCUUUCCUCGCGGCGGAUUUGGCGGUGGUGGCGGUGGUGGAGGCGGACUAGGUGGCGGAGGUGCUGGAUCUGGAUUUGGCGAAGGUGUUGGUAGCGGAAUUGGUGGUGGAGGUGGAGGCGGUGGUGGUGGUGGAGGAGGAGGAGGAGGACUUGCUGGUGAUUCUGGAUUUGGACAAGGAGCUGGAGCUGGUUUCGGCGGUGGCUCUGGGAGUGUCGGCGGCGGCGGAGGCUUUGGUGGAGGCGGUGGUGGCGGACUAUUUGGCGGCUCUGGUGGCGGUUUUGGCGGUGGCGCUGGCGCUGGCGGCGGAAUUCCUUGA